UGGUAACCGCGGGAAGGGUUUUUUGGAAGCGAACAGCCGACAAGCCGCACUUUGAGACGGAGCUCCAACUCGCUCGGAGCCUUCUGAUGCACUGAAAACGAAACGGAAGUAACUCGCCAGCUGUCUGGCUAACCCUUGCUAGUGUCUGGAUGCCAACUCUGGGGAUGAUGGAGUUGAGCAGGCAACUCUGUGGAAAGAUGAGGAAGUCCAACAAGAGGGCCCAACUCUCCCCCUCUGCCACUUCCACUUGGGGCUUGGAAAUCCACUUUUUCACACCAGAGGUUCACCAGCUCGAGUACUUCAAAGGAUGCUUCACCGUUGAGGAGAUAUGUGUGGAUGCUGCCAAGAAAUGCUCAAUAUCUCCGUUGUGCCACAACCUAUUUGCCCUGUACAAUGAGACGACUGACACGUGGUACCCGCCCAACUACGAGUUCAAGAUAACGGAUGAAACCAGUAUCAAGUUGCACUAUCGCAUGAGGUUUUAUUUCAGGAAUUGGCACGGCACCACCGAAGGAGAGUCUCCAGUUUGGAGACACUGCAUCAGUAAACUCCGAGGAGGACUUAGCUCACAGAAAACGCCGGAGGGAACGCCCCUACUUGAUGCUGCAUCUCUUGACUACCUAUUUGCCCAGGGCCAGCAUGACUUCCAGAAGGGUGUGGUCCCACUGAGAGUGUAUCAGUCAGAGGCAGAGCAACAUGAGAUAGAAAACGAGUGCUUGGGCAUGGCUGUGCUUGCCAUCACUCACUAUACCAUGAACAUGCCGGUGCCCAUUGCUUCCCAAGAAAUCAGCUACAAACGUUUUAUACCGGAGACGCUGAACCGCAACAUCAAGCAGCGCAACGUUCUGACACGCAUCCGCAUCAACAAUGUCUUCAAGAAAUUCCUCAGUGAAUUCAACAGCCGCACAGUCAAGGACAGCAACAUCACGCUGUACGACCUGAAGAUCAAGUACUUGGCCACGCUGGAGGGCCUGACCAGCGGCAUGGGCAACGAGCUGUUUGAGCCCAUCUCGCUCAGUGUUACAAAGGAAGGAGAGCUCUCCAACGGAGGUUACCAUGUGGACCAAAGUCUGAACCAAGGGCAGAGUCAGAACAUGGAGACGAGCCACGACAUGCAGGUUUUGGUCACUGGCACCACUGGAAUUUGCCGGCGGAAGAAACCUGCUCCGACGUCUGCGAGCUCCAAAGAAAAGGGCAAGUCAAAGAAGAACAAGAUGGACGGAAAACAGAAAAACGACAAGAAGAAAGAGGCGAACGAAGGCUGGGUGGUUUUCUGUGACUUCCAUGAGAUCACACACGCCGCCAUCAAAGAGACGACGGUCACCAUCAACAGACAGGACAACAAGAGGAUGGAGUUGCAAAUGGCUUCUCGGGCUGAAGCCCUGUCCUUUGCAGCCCUUGUGGACGGGUACUUCCGACUGUCCGUUGAUGCUCACCACUACCUGUGCAAGGAGGUGGCCCCUGCUUCAGUGGUGCACAACACUGACAAUGGCUGCCACGGCCCCAUCUGUACGGAGUAUGCCAUCCAUAAACUGCGUCAAGAGGGCAACGAGGAGGGCACCUACAUCUUGCGCUGGAGCUGCACUGACUACCAGUACAUCAUCAUCACUGUGGUCUGCACUGAGAUUGAUCUGAGGGACUCUCGUCCUGUGCGCCAGUAUAAGAACUUCCAGAUUGAGGUGGCCUCUGACGGGUACCGUCUGCACGGCACCGACACAUUGCAACCCACUCUCCGGGAGCUGCUGGAGCACCUGGAGGGCCAGAGUCUUCGCACCGACAACCUCCAGUUCCAGCUUCUCCGCUGCUGCCCCCCGCAGCCCCGAGAGGUUUCUAACCUGCUGGUGGUCACUAAAGACAGAGCAUUGGCCCCUCAGACGUCCGAGCCGGGUAAUGACCUCAGCUUCAUUCGCAUUUUCAAGGAGCAUAUUAAACAGGAGGAGCAUCUCGGCCGGGGCACAAAGACCAACAUCUACUCUGGCACACUGCAGGUGAAGAGUGGGGAGAACGAUGAUGCCGGCUACUCCCAGGAGGUCAAGGUUGUCCUGAAGGUGCUGGGUUCUGGACACAGGGACAUCUCCUUGGCCUUCUUCGAAACUGCCAGCAUGAUGCGACAGGUGUCCCACAAGCACAUAGUGCUGCUGUAUGGAUUGUGUGUCCGCCACCUGGAGAAUAUCAUGGUGGAGGAGUUAGUCCAACUCGGACCACUGGACCAGUUCAUGAGGAGAGAGCAGAAUCAACUCGGCACUCCGUGGAAGUUCCAGGUGGCCAAGCAGCUGGCCUCAGCUCUCAGCUACUUGGAGGACAAAAAGCUGGUCCAUGGCUUUGUGUGUGCUAAGAACAUCCUGCUGGCCAGAGACGGACUGGGCACUGAUGAGGAAGGACCAUUCAUCAAGCUCAGCGACCCAGGAAUAUCAAUCACAGUGCUCACCAGAGAGGAAUGUGUGCAUCGCAUCCCGUGGAUCGCUCCAGAGUGUGUGAAGACCCCGUCGGCCCUGAGUGUCGCAGCUGAUAAGUGGGGCUUCGGUACCACCCUGUGGGAGAUCUGCUACGAUGGAGGAGUCCCCCUCAAGGAGAAGAAGCUCACAGAGAAGGAGAGGUUUUAUGAAACGGAGUGCCAGCUGGCCACUCCGGACUGCAGACUGCUGGCUGAACUGAUGACGCACUGUAUGAACUACGACCCCAAGAAGAGACCUUUCUUCAGGGCUAUUGUCAGAGACAUUGACAUGCUGGGUGAAUUAGACCCAUCCAUCAAACCCCAGCCGACGCCAGAGGUCGACCCAACUGUGUUUGAAAAGAGAUUCCUGAAGAUGAUCAGAGACCUGGGAGAGGGCCACUUUGGUAAGGUGGAGCUGUGUCGUUAUGACCCUCGGGGAGACAAAACUGGCGAGCUGGUGGCGGUGAAGUCACUGAAGCCUGAGAACCGUGAGGAGCAGAGCAACAACCUGUCGAGUGAGAUCAACAUCCUGAAGGCGCUCUACCACGAAAACAUUGUCAAAUACAAGGGCAUCUGCCAGGAGGAAGGUGGUCAGGCCAUCAAGCUGAUCAUGGAGUUUCUUCCGCUGGGCAGUUUGAAGGAGUAUCUGCCCAGGAACAAAAGCAAGACCAGCCUCAGCACCGUGCUCAGCUACUCUAUCCAGAUAUGCAAGGGAAUGGAAUAUUUGGGAUCUCAGAAUUACAUCCACCGAGACCUUGCCGCCCGAAAUGUGCUGGUGGAGAAUGAGAGUACGGUGAAGAUCGGAGACUUCGGCCUCACCAAGAGCAUCAAGGAAAAUGAUGGAUACUACACCGUCAAAGACGACCACGACUGCCCCGUUUUCUGGUACGCUCCCGAGUGUCUGACUCACUGUAAGUUCUACCUUGCCUCAGACGUUUGGUCCUUUGGGACCACGAUGUACGAACUCAUCACCUAUUGUGAUCCCACCAAGAGCCCGAUGGCGCUCUUCCUCAGUAUGAUCGGUCGAACUCAGGGUCAGAUGACCAUCAUCCGGCUGGUGAAGGUGUUGCAGGAAGGGAGGAGGCUGCCGCGUCCGGAGAGCUGCCCCGAGCCUGUGUACGAGCUGAUGCGCAGGUGCUGGGAGCAUUCGCCCGAGAGGAGAAUCACCUUCAAACGCCUGAUCGAGGAGCUGACCAACAUGCAGCAGCUCAAGCCGCAAAACGACUUUUAAAAAAAAAAAAAGAAAAGAAGAAAAAACCUCCGGCAGGAGAUGUGGACUCUUGCAUGCAGACCUGGGAACAGAACUUUGCCCCCAGAUCAGCAUCUCGCUUGUGCUGUUUCAUUUCACCAAGAUAGACAGAGUGUCGGAGCUCCUUCACAUAUAACCCCCAGCUCAUAACAAUCAUUUAGCAAUAUAUAUAAUUUUUAUUUUUUUUGAAACAUUUUUAUUUUGAUGGUCACAGAAGCAAAAUCGUGUUAAACAUUGUAGCCUUGUGACCUUGUUUCUUCCAAAAGGACUUCCAAGCAUAACCAACACAUUUAACUGACCGUGACUGUGAGAAGUGUCGAACUCACGUGGACCCGUCACGUCACCCGCAUAUCGCGACGGGCUCCGGGGGUUUUUGUAACCGUGUGGACCUGAGGCCUGAUCUCACUCUCAUUCUCGACGGAGGCCGGAAAGCGGGAACGUGAGCAGAGAGAGGAACAAUUUGAAUGAGUGAUGUGGAAUCCCUGAUGAAUCAUGUCGAGAAAGGGUUCCGAGCGGACGGGGACGCAGAUAAACCGAAUGUGUGCUCGUCAGCGUUUUUGUUGAGACUCUCUGUGCAGCAGACACAACGAGAACUGGCAUCGAACCGGAGCCGGUGAUCAGUCGGCGGCAGCGGCAGCGUAAUGAAACGGUUUGUUGUUCGUAGUUUUUCAUUUAUCAUUUUUAUAGUCUCACAUUUCUACGCCCCCAAAGUAUCUUUGGGCUUUGGACUGUUGGUCAACAACAGAGUAGCGUGAAUGUUCGGAUAUUCAGUAGACGACACCGAGACGAUAUAUCGCAUUUUAAUCUUUGUUUAUUAAUUGAUAUUACACAUAAAGAAGUGUAAUAACGCCUUCCUACCUUCAGAUGGCAAGCGUGACGAGACGACAAGAAGCAGUUUGAGUUGCGUUUGUGUCUGAUCGGAAAAAAAUCCAGUUUUUCCUUUUUCCAGAUUUUGACGAAUCAUAACAUCUAAUCUUCCUCUUCAAACAGCCUAGAGAUGUAACUUGUAAAGUCCAAUUUUAAGAUUUGCAAGGAGUUUGGUUUUGUAUUUUGAAUUCUCUGAUCAGGUGGUACGGCUAAAAAGAAAGAAGGCAGAUCAAAAGAAACAAAAUGAAUCAGGAUAAUCCUGCUUAAAUCCUCAAAAUACAGCACUUGUGUCGUUCAGGGGUGAGGGAUUAAGACUAGGAUCCACCACUUGAGGGCAGCAAAACUUCACUUCUCUUCCUCGCUACCACACAUUUAAGGUGUGUGUGUGUGUGUGCACGUGUGCCCUUAUGUUGCUAGAAUAAGAGCAAAUUGUCAUUGUUGCAGGACUGCAGUUGGGUCAGCGUUUGAGGCGAGAGAGAUAAAUCACAGAUUAUUCACAUUGCAUUUAUGUAUUGGAGAAAUUUUAUUUCUUUUCUUAUUGACAUUCAUUGUUGUUGGUUUCUUUUUGUUUUAUUUGUAAUCCUCCCAAUGUGCCCGGAAAUGUAUAAAAGCGUAUUUUAUCAAUGUCUGUGUGUUGUCCGGUUUGAGCAGAGGGUUCGUUGAGGGAGUGUGUGUCGCUGUGACAUGUCGCUCACAUCACGAGUUCAGAAACGGUCAAUUCACUUUGACGCGACGGGGACUUUUACUGUGAACGUUGGCAAAUGUUGAGAGAGCGGAAAAAGAAAAGAAGACUGUCGAGGAGACACCAUUGCGCUUCAGUCCAUGUUUUAUUUAGGAAUGUAAAAGACAAUUCCUUCUGCUCAAAAUAAGAGAAAAGAAAUUUAUUUUUCAAAAUAUAAGACAAAAGUAUGAAUUAUGGAAGGUAAAAGUAUCCAUAAGUACACAAUGAAAAAAUAAAUAAAAUCAACGUUUGUUUUGUUC